AUGGGUUUCGGCGAUUAUGUUAAAGCUGGAUGGGGUAAAGUUAAAGAAAAAGGUAGCUGGAUUGUUGAGAAUCCUGGUCUUGCAGCUGGCGCAUUAGCUCAUGGUCUCAAUUAUAUUGACCCACGUUUCGGUCAAGUCGGUGGAUUAGUAGGUAGUCUUGGUGAAAGACUUGCAAAAGCUACAUUAGGUGAAGAUAGUGCAAUAACGAAGAACCUUAAAGCAUUCAAUAAAGCUCUUGGAUUCAUAUUUGUAUUAUUUUGGCUGAUAUCUUAUGAACAUGGUCCCAAAAUGGAGAGUGGAUGGCGAGGAAAUGGAAUUUCAACCUAUUGGGAAAAGAGGCCGCGAGAUACCAGAGAUCAAUAG